GCGACCCCUACACAACCGGAAGUUCUGAAAGUGGAAAUUCUCCCAAUAGCGAACCCUGUGCUAAUCUAAAUAUCUGUUUAGGCCUACGUUAUAUCUGUACGCUUGUGUUGUUGUACUGCUUUGCAAUGAACAGAAGCAAGGCCAGUGGCGUGUCGUGGGUGAAACCAGCGGAGCCCUCCUUUCUUAAGAAGUUUAAAAAUGAUGUUGGAUACAAAGAAGGGCCGACUGUUGAUACAAAGCGUCACGUGAUGCCAACACUGGAUGAUGAUGACAGCGGGAGUGACCGAGAGGAUGAGCUACCUCAAGUUGUGGUCCUAAAAGGUGGAGACCUGACUGAAGAGGAAGUGAAGAAGAUCAAGUCUAAAAUACGCACUGGAGGUGGUGCAGAGAAAGAUGAUGGACCUCCUCCUGAUGAUAAGAUCAUUUUCAAGAAACCAGCCAAGCGCUCCUCCUCAGACAAAUUCCGGAUCACUGCCAGCUCCAGCAAAAAGAAGAAGAGUGAUGGAGGAGAGGAGGAGGAGAAGAAGAAGGAGGUGAAGCCUGGAAAGAAAAUAAAGAAUAACAGCCUUCUGUCGUUUGGAGGGGACGAGGAGAACGAGGAGGACUAAAUGGUAGUGGUCUAUAAAUAAUAUUCAUUAACUCAUGUAACAGAUGACUCGAGGGGGCUAAAGUGAAGUUUGAUUAUUGAUAGAAACCAGGAGGAAAACAAACAGACAUUGUAUUCUGAACAGAUACUGUCCGAGUUCAUCACAGUGUGCAGCCUGUCCAUUCUCAAGUUUCUUUUAUUGGACAGUCCAGUAUCUCAGUCCACUGACUACAAAUAGUCUGUUUGAUAUUACAACUUGUCCAUUAAAGUACAUUAUCAAAAACAACUCGCAGAGAUGCAAAUCACCUUAAGUAGGUAACCCAUCACAUGGAACAAUUUCAUUCCCCUUUUCUUUCUAAAUCAAAGUUACAUUAUUCUUGUGUGGGAGCGCCACUUUGUACAUUCAGGGACACUCAGACGUCCACUAAUUAAUUGUCUGUCUGACAAAAAAAGCUGUAGCUGAAUGAUUUGAGGAAAAAUACUUUUUGUUUCUGACCAAUAUUGACAUUGUGAUUGAAAUAUCAAUUAUUUUCCUUAAUGAAUCUGUUGGCCUGUGUUUUCAGUUUACAUAAUCACAAAUGUAUGUUGAUUGUACAUCAAUAGAAUCAGACAACAAUGCAUUUGUUAGCAUUAGUUUUUUUAUCUGACUUAAUGAUAUGCAAUGUAGAUGUAGAAGACACCGAGCACUCCUUUAGUGUAGUGUCUUCUUCAACUACACCAUCUUUGGCCAUGGGUAAAUGAUUCAGAGAACGACGUACAGGAAGCAAACUAACUGUAGUAAGUAUAUUUGUCUGAAACUGUCUCUUAAAUUAUAAUAAAAGUCAAAGCUUGAUUAGCUUGCGUAUUGAAAAUUGCUCAUAAAGACAAUAAAUCAUUCAACCCUUGGAACAACAUGACAUUGAUGAGCUCUGUAUUCUGAAAAUCAAAUCCCAAAGGAUAAACAGAGUACAACUGAAUAUUGGGAAAGUAUAGUAUACAUACAUUUGGUCUACACACACAGACGUGUCAGUGAAUGCACCGAUAGAGGUGGUCCAGCUUACAGCUUCAAUACAACACAAGUCAACAUUGGUCAAUAAAGAGGUGAAAUAAUGUUCCCUGUGAUGGUUUACCUACCUCAAACAAACGUCAGGUCCACACAUUGAGACAUUUUAUGAGAUGUUGCAGUAAACAACAAAGUUAACUUGAAAUUUUAUUUGAUUCUGAAAUGUUUGGACACCCAGAGAAAAUCUGUGGUGGUGUAAAAUUAAGGUGAUUUGUAGUUAAUUGAUUAAAGGGAAUAUGUAGCAUGUUUUAAUUAAACAUUGCAGGUUGAAGCUGCUGCUCAUACCUGCCCAACUAUGGAAAUCAGGAAACACCAGGUAGAAAAUCAGUUGGACUGAUUAUUGGUAAUGAAACGAUUUGUUUGAUUCUGUGAUUGUGAUUUUUUACUCUUUUUUUCUUCGCCCAGGUCAUUGAAAUUAGUUCAGCUAUUUAACAAAAAAAAAAAAAAAAAGAGAAGCUGAGUAAAAUAUAGUGAAAGUGGAAAAUCAACUUUUUUAUUUUUUGUAUUUGAUGAAAUAAAUGUAAAAUUAGAAAUCUCUACUGGUAGAAUCCAAAUAGUGACAAACUUUUGAUGAGAAUUUCCCUUGUGUUCUUGGUGCCUUUCACUUAAAGAAAGACUGACGCAAUCAUCACAGUUACAGGUCAUUCAGAUCCUGGUCUCAGUAGCUCCUGUUGUGUAGCUGCGACAGUGCUACACACUCUUCACCCUCUCGUACACAUUAAGAUCAUUUAGUUGCUUUGUGUUUGAAUACUCCUGUUGACUCCUGCUCAUUUGUAUUCCUCUAUGGUGUCAUCAAGAAGUGUAACAGUGUUCACAAGUGGUGUGGAAGUGCUCAUUGUAGAAUUUAAGAUACAUUCAGUGAUGCAUAGAAUGUAUGAAUAUGUUCUAGCUUCGACAAAGGAGCUGUAACAGUUUAUGUAGGAACAAUGCAUUGUUGUCAAUGCAAUGGGGUGAUAUUUUUUUAAUGUGAAUGUGUGAAUUUGUUUUUAUUGUGUUCAGUUUUAGAGAAUGUUUAUGGCUGUAACAUUUGAAAUAAACGUCAUUUUACUGGCUGGGUGCAACGAGUCUCUGCUCCCAGCCAUGAAACA